AUGAUACGUGAUAGUACCGAUAAUGAUGACUAUGAAGAUAGUAUUAUUCGACAAUCACGGCAGUCAACGAUAAUGGAGAGAGAUGAAGUCAGAUCACCAACGGAAACAAAAGCAAUAGAAACAACAGAAUUUAAGAAACGAAAUUUAUUUAUUUUUCUAAUUAUUGGUUUAACACUUUUGAUAGCUGGAGAAGGUUUUCUUGCAUAUAAAAUAGGAUUAUUUGCUGGGGAACCAUUAAAUAUUUUUUAUACCACCAUGAUAGAUGGUGUUCCCGAAAAGUACACUACCACCUCUAAUGACAAUGAGGUUGAAUUACUUGACAAUUCAACAGCAAAUAUUGUUGACAACACUGCAUCAACGAUAGAUGUUCAAUGGACACAAUCUACCAUUGUAACGGCAACGACAAUGGAUAGUACAGACAAACUUCCAAUUCAAGUUCCGUCGUGUAAUAACCUAUCAUAUCAGUGCGGUUGUCGCAAAGGUUAUUGUUGGACAACAUGCUUUGAUAAAUUUUGGUGUUAUUCGAGUAACAGAUCAACAAGGGUAUUACUAAAAGACGCGAACACCCACGAACAUCCACGAACACCCCCAAAUUAA